AUGGCUAAGUUUUGGUGUUCUUUAUGGAUAAUCACAAUACUUCAACUGUCACAAUUGGCCAUUUCUCGGCCUGAACGGGUUCCAACACCACCGCUUCCAGUCCUACCACUCCCAACAUUUUCUCAAUUGAAAUGGCAACAAAGAGAGCUCAUAAUGUUCCUUCACUUUGGUGUCAACACAUUCACGGACUCCGAAUGGGGCACCGGGAAAGAAAACCCAGCCAUAUUCAACCCUGUUGGUCUCAAUGCCAACCAAUGGGUUACCGCUGCUGCAGAAGCAGGGAUUUCUCUCAUGAUCCUCACUGCAAAACACCAUGAUGGAUUUUGCUUGUGGCCUUCUAAAUAUACUGAUCAUUCUGUUGCAUCUAGUCCUUGGAAAAAUGGCCAUGGGGAUGUUGUGCAAGAGUUUGUGACUGCAGUCAAAGCUCAUGGCGGCAUCGAUGCUGGAUUAUACCUGUCACCAUGGGAUCGCCAUGAUCAAAGAUAUGGACAUGAUUUGCAGUACAAUGAAUACUACUUAGCUCAGUUGCAAGAGCUGCUUAACAAAUAUGGGAGGGUGAAGGAGAUAUGGUUUGAUGGGGCAAAGGGUAAAAAUGCGAAGAACAUGUCCUACUACUUCACAGAUUGGUUUGCAAUGGUGAGAGAGUUGCAGAGUUCAAUCAAUAUUUUUUCGGACGCUGGUCCCGAUGUGAGAUGGGUGGGAAAUGAGCAAGGAGUUGCCGGCAACACGAGCUGGUCUACCAUCAAUAGUACCUCGCUGUCAAUCGGAAAUGCAAGCAUUAUUGAUUAUCUCAAUACGGGUGAUCCAAAAGGGACCAAUUGGUUGCCCGCAGAAUGUGAUGUUUCAAUCAGAAAAGGAUGGUUUUGGCAUAAAUCACAGUCACCAAAGAAGUUAAGCGAGCUUUUAGAGAUAUACUACAAUUCAGUAGGAAGAAAUUGUGUGAUGUUACUUAAUGUACCACCCAAUUCAACAGGGCUUAUAUCUGAAGCAGAUGUUCAGAGAUUAAAAGAAUUUAGAAGUGCAAUUGACACAAUAUUUUCUACCAAUUUAGCAGAGAAAUGUUUCAUAAAAGCUAGUAGCCAAAGAGGGGGAAAGGGGGGUGGUUUUGGUCCCGAGAAUGCGUUAGAUAGUGAUCAUCUGUGGACAUAUUGGGCACCAAGAGAUGAUGGUGACAAAAAGGAACAUUGGAUUGAAAUGGGAGUACCAAAUGGAGGGCUGACAUUCAAUGUGGUCAGAAUUCAAGAAGCCAUUGGGCUUGGUCAAAGGAUCAUAAGGCAUGAAAUUUAUGUAGAUGGCAAGAAACUAGUGGAAGGGACAACAGUGGGAUAUAAGAGGCUUCACAGGCUUGAUGAGGUUCACGGUCGGGAUGUGAGGAUCAUAAUUAAGGAAUCAAGGGGAUUGCCUUUGAUCUCUUCCGUUGGUUUGCAUUUUGACCCAUAUUGGAACCCAAACUAG